AGGAGCAGGGCCAGGAUGGAAGAGGGUGAUUUUGAAAGGGCAGCAGAAGAAGUUAAACAACUCAAGUCACAACCAUCUGAUGAUGAAAUGUUGGCUGUCUACAGUCUAUACAAACAGGCAACAGUUGGAGAUGUGAAUACAGAUCGUCCCGGCAUAUUUGAUCUAAAAGGAAAGGCCAAGUGGGAUGCGUGGAAUGCACGUAAAGGAACAACUAAAGAAGAAGCAAUGGCAAUGUACAUCUCAAAAGUUCAAGAGCUGAAGGAAAAGUAUGGAAUGAAUUAAAAUGUAACUUUUUUAAAAAAAGCUUUGAGCUUUAGACUGCAGUUGUAGAAAAAUGCACUGACUAAUUUGUUUCCUCAUGAUAAAUAUAGAGGAGAUAAUAUUUAAUGUAACCAACUGCCUUAAUGGUAGUAACUUUUGUGAUUUUUCUAUUAAAAGUAUGGUAAUUUGUAUCACUUAUUAAUGUUUAAUCAUAUCAGUGAAUUCAAUACUGGCUUUUCUGUAAACCUCUUAAGAAAAAUAAAAUGACAACAGGGAUACAAUUAACAACUCA